CGGUACACAUUAGCCCGAUCCAAAGUGAUUCCCCUGCCAAAGUGGAAGGCGAAUCCAGUCACACAACCGGAGGCUAUUUUUCCAAAAGGAACCGCCGUAUUCGCCCUAUACCCACAAACCACAUGUUUCUACAAAGCUAUUGUGGAUGAAGUCCCAGUCCAUAUACACGAUGAGUAUUCACUUUAUUUCGAAGAUUCCUCCUAUCCUGAAGGUUAUGCUCCAGCGAUCCGUAUUCCACAGCGUUAUGUGGUCGAAUGUCGUGAAAGCCCCUCGGGAAGUUCCAGACGUCGUUCGCUGAAGUAG